CUCUAUCUGACUUGCUGCAGCUUCUAAUGCACACAGAGAAGCUCCCAGUGUGUAGUGAAAUCUGAUAAAGCAAUUUCAGUACAGGAGAGGAGCCGCUACAACUGUGCAAGACGGAAGGUGAGCAAACAUGGCAGCGGUUAUAAACACUGAGCUGGAUCCAGUUUUCAUAAAAGCACUUGGUUUUCUUCACUCUAAGAGCAAAGACUCUGCUGAGAGACUGAAGGCUUUACUAGAUGAGUCUUUGUGCAAGAGCCUCGACUCUGGCUAUCGGCUGCCUCAAAAGGACCUCGAUUCACUAAAAAUCACAAUUCCUAAACCAAAAUCGGAAGCCAAGGUAAACACCAGCAGUACUAGUAGCAGCAACCUAAGCAAGCCACUGCCAUCAGAGAAGAUUAAGAAGGAGGCCGAGAAGAGAUCCGCAGAUAAGAUGAAGCUGGACAUUAGUGAUGUUAUCGAUUUACCAAAGAAACCUCGUUUGGAGAAGUCAGAAGCUCGGUCCUCCCCAAAUCCGGCGCAGCCCAGCAAGGACCUGCCUAUUCCUGAUCUUUCCAGUUUUGAUGAAACAAAUGCUGAUGACUUUGCCAUGGAGAUGGGUCUUGCCUGUGUAGUCUGUCGCCAAAUGACAGUGUUUUCUGGUAACCAACUGGUGGAAUGCCAGGAGUGCCACAACCUCUAUCAUCAGGAUUGCCACAAACCUCAGGUUACAGAUAAGGAUGUAAAUGACCCCCGUCUGGUAUGGUACUGUGCCCGCUGUACUCGGCAGAUGAAAAGAAUGGCACUUAAAAAUCAGAAGCCGACCCAGAAGCCUGCCUCUUCUAUAGCAUCAGCAGUAAUGCCAGUUGUAAAGGACACAUCCACCAUCAAGCCUGAACUGAAGCCCAAGCCAGAUUCUUCAACCUCUUUCCUAGCUUUUAAGAGAUCUGAAGUUAAGGUCCCCCCUGUAAACUCUGGGAAUUCUUCCAAUUCUGGGUCAUCAUCUUCUGCUGCAAGUGGUCUUACUGGCUGGGCAGCAUUCGGUGCAAAGACUGCCAGUGCAGUGCCAGUAACCUCAAAGCUUGGAAGCUCAGUACAGACUUCCAGUGGUAAACCUCCCACUUUAUCUGCAGGUCUGAAAACAUUGGGUUCAACUGGCCCUGCAACUAUAAAGACAGGCUCUGCGUCUAAACCAGGAUCAGGCAGCAGCAACACAAGCUCUUUACCACUAAAGCCUCUACCACCACUCGUUCUGGGAAAGACCAGCCUUAGCCGUUCUAUGAGUAGCGACAAUGUCAGCAAAACAGGCCUACCUAGUCCAAGCAUUAGUUCAUCUGGGAACAAUAUGAGCAAUCAGAUGGGCAGUAGUAAUGGAGGAGGAAACUCUGCAGGAAGCAGUGGGAGCUCUAGUAGCAAGGCAGUUGGAGAUUCCAGCACACAGCAGUCUGCAGCCAAGGGUCCUACUUCACAGGAUUUACAGUUAACCGCCAUGAAGCGUCUUCAGAUGGUGAAAAAGAAAGCCGCUCAGAAGAAACUAAAGAAGUGAUCACAUAUACUACUGACCAUAUAGUUGCUGUGUGUAAAAUUGUGAGCAGCUUUGCAGAAGCACUCAAAUAUACCACGAGGCAGUGUAAUGGCCUACUGUGAUUACUGUAUAUAUUCUUCCCACUAAGUAUGUAAUUAGAAAUGUUUUUGUUACUUAAAGUGAUAUUAAAGGCCUGUGUUUUUUU